UCAUCACUUGAAUAUUCUUGAUUGGUUGAUGAUAAUCCGAAAUUUUCUCUUCAGUUCAUCAUUUUCAUUUUCAACAAUCAACAAUUCACUUUGGUGAAGAACUUUUCGAUUUCUAAAAUAUUUGAAAUUUGUUAUUUAAAAUUUAAAAAAAAAAAGUUACAAUGCCAUGCCUAAACAACAGUCCUACUCCUGCCCAGAUCAAAGACAUGUUGCUUCGAUGGAGCAAAGCCAAAACCAGAGGCUAUGAGAAUGUCAACAUUGAAAAUUUUUCAAGUAGUUGGGCUAAUGGUAUGGCAUUCUGUGCUUUGAUUCAUCAUUUUUUUCCCGAUUCAUUUGAAUUUGAUAAACUUGAUCCUAAUAAUCGUCGAGAAAAUCUUACACUUGCCUUUAACACUAUUCAAGAUAAGAUUGAUGUUCCACCAAUGAUCGAAGUGGAUGAUAUGUUGGCUGCCAAAGAUAAACCGGAUCCUAAAUGUAUUUUCACUUAUAUGCAGGCUAUUUAUCGAAAAUUACAUGAUAAAAAUUAAUUGUAUCUUUUGUUCUUUUCUGUUAUUCUUUAUUUUGUUUUAAUCAUUUUGUUUUUUGAUUAAAUCAAUAAAAAAAAGAAAUCAUGUUUUU